AUGGGUUUUGUCCGAAUGUUUGGCUCUGGAAAUGUUAGCAUAGAUUGUUGGGUUUCGUUCGAAUAUCGGUCUGCAGAUGUUCGCAUAGAUUGUUGGUAUUUUACUGGGCUUGCUUCUGAGGUUGACACCGUUAAUGGUUUGAAGUUUGAAGUGGUUACGUUUGGUUCGCGUUCUGAGUAUUUUGUUGGGCUUCCUUCUGAGGUUGACACCGUUAAUGGUUUAAAGUUGCAAGUUUUCUUGAUUUCUUGGCUCCGUGUGCUUGCAGGGUUGCUCCUUUGUUUCUGUUGCUUAACUAUUUGUGGGCGUCGCUCCUUCGAGUUUGCAAGCAAUUUUCCAAGUUGUUCUUCUGCAAAUAUUCGCAUAAGGUUGCAUAUAAUUGUCGACCGUGAAUCAUUUGAAUUAUUAAGGGUUGUUACUUUGUCUAUGUUAUUUAACUGUUUCACUCUGAGUGCAUGGUUUGAAUUUGCAAGGAAAGAUGGCAGUCAAACACAAAAACGUGUGGUGAAAAUUAAUGAUCUAUUUGGUUCAACAAUUGACAUCAACUUAUGGGGCCCAAUAGCAGAACGAAAGGGCCUGGAAUUGAAAAAUAUGUUGACCAAUGAUAGUGCGGUUAUCCUUGCUUUACGUAAUGCUCGUGUUGGCUAUUUCAAUGGGAAGCUUGUAAACAUAACAGCUGCAACAACAUUACAUAUCAACCCAAGUUUUCCAGAAGCAGAGCUUCUAGCAUUAAGAGGAAAUGACCCUUUGCUUGUUGUACCCUUUGUUGCAGAAACUAUCCACAUAGAUGGCAAAUAUACUAGAAUGACAAUCUCUUCAAUCCGUGAGCGGAUGAGCAUCAAACCAGAAACAAUUCAAACAACAUUGCUAGCUGUUCUACACUAUGUCAAUGUCAAUGACCAAAAUUUCUAUUACAUAGCUUGCCCACUGAUGGUCAAUGGAAGGCCUUGCAAGAAAAAAUGUACACAUCAAGCUGAUGAUUCUUGGUUCUGCUCUAGAUGUCAAAUGAGUAUGCAAGACUGUAAUUAUAGUUACCUCUUGCCUCUAAAGUUGCAAGAUGCCACAGGUACUCUAUGGGGCACUGCAUUUGGUGAGGGUGGCAAUCACUUGCUACACAAAACUGCAAGACAACUCUAUGCACUUCAAAACGAUGCAACAACAACAGAGACACCUUCCUCAGUGAUCAAGAGAGCACUGUCACAUUACUAUUCAUUCACACUGCUGGUUUCUACUGAGACAUACAAUUCAGAAUCCAAGAUGAAAGUGACGAUUAAUAAAGUUGCUCCUGUUGACUUCAAAGCUGAGUGCCAUGCACUACUUGGAGAAAUUAGCUGCCUAAGUACAAAGACUUAG